AUGAUGAGCAGGAGCAGGAAGGAAGCAGUUAGGGCGUGGGGGGUUGGAGGGGUUCUGUCACGGUCCUUCCAUGGGAUCAUCGUUGAAGGGAAAGGGGAGCAAACCCUCCUGCAGCGCCUCGAUCCCCGUACCCUCGCGGGGAAGGCUGUGGAACCAUUGCAGCCAUCAGCAGCACUGAGGGCAGGGAAGGUGCUUGGCGGUCAGGCGACACAUCUUCUUGUUCCACAGGUACCUUGUUUCUUCAACAGUGUCCUGGCGGAUAGAGCGAUGGACCAAUUCAUCAUCUUCCCAAAGCAUCCUGCUCUUGAAGCUCAAGACAUCUCCAACUUGUCGUACGAAGAGCCGGUGCAGGACGUUUCCGACCUGCCCUCCUUCCCCAACGUCAACGAGCCGAUGCUUGCGAUCAAGAGGACGUAUCAGCCCCACACUCGUCGUAGGAAGAGGAAGCACGGAUUUUUGCACAGGCUGAAAUAUAACAAGAAUGUGCUGAAGCGCCAAGAAGAGCAUGUCUUGCUGUUUGUUGCUCAGUCGAACAUGUCAAUUCUCCUUCAGAAGUGA